CUCUGUAGGGUCAGAGGAGUCAGGAUGAGGAUAACAGUCUUGUGUUUGUGCGUUCUGCAUUUGGCAAAUGGAAGUUCUGGACUUAAAUCCCCAAAAGGUCUUCAAGUCAGCCGCAACAAUUUGUCGCUCAGCGGCGCUCAAAUCGCUCAGAGCAAAGACUCUAUGAGCCACAGGGGGCCAUUGUUUGCCCGGAGGGGACACUAUGAACAGCAGAAGAUUCAUGUGGCGAAGCCCACCGCGUCUCCUCAUCCUCAAAAUCACAUUCCUCAAAGUGUCAAAGUGAAGCCCGGGAAGCCCAAUUGCUCCCCGUCUGGACAGAGCUGUUUGCCCCAGUCUGGAUGCUGUGACCUCUGCGCGACAUGCCACUGCCGCUUCUUCAACGCCAUCUGCUUCUGCCGGAAAACCAACUCGCGCUGCGAGCAGCAACAGCCAAUAACCAGGAAAGCAAAGCAGAGACGGAAACAGAAGCGAACGCGACGCGCGCUGUGAUCCAGUGAAGCUGCAGUGACCUCCACCCGUUAAACUGCUUUUGUUUUUAUAGUUCAUGUCAAAAGCAACACCUUGAAUAAUGAGCUACCUUUAAAAUAAGCUUUAAUAUUGACUGUAUAUAAGCACAGUACUGUAUACUGUAGAGUUUGUAAUUCUACUUUUAUUAUU